GGCCCGCAUUGAGCAUGGGCGCGGCGGCCGUGCGCUGGCACUUGUGCGUGCUGCUGGCCCUGGGCACGCGCGGGCGGCUGGCCGGGGGCAGCGGGCUCCCAGGGUCAGUCGACGUGGAUGAGUGCUCAGAGGGCACAGAUGACUGCCACAUCGAUGCCAUCUGUCAGAACACGCCCAAGUCCUACAAAUGCCUCUGCAAGCCAGGCUACAAGGGGGAAGGCAAACAGUGUGAAGACAUUGACGAGUGUGAGAAUGACUACUACAACGGGGGCUGUGUCCACGAGUGCAUCAACAUCCCGGGGAACUACAGGUGCACCUGCUUUGAUGGCUUCAUGCUGGCACACGAUGGACACAACUGCCUGGAUGUGGACGAGUGUCAGGACAAUAAUGGUGGCUGCCAGCAGAUCUGCAUCAACGCCAUGGGCAGCUACGAGUGUCAGUGCCACAGUGGCUUCUUCCUUAGUGACAACCAGCAUACCUGCAUCCACCGCUCCAAUGAGGGUAUGAACUGCAUGAACAAAGACCAUGGCUGUGCCCACAUCUGCCGGGAGACGCCCAAAGGUGGGGUGGCCUGCGACUGCAGGCCCGGCUUUGACCUUGCCCAAAACCAGAAGGACUGCACACUAACCUGUAACUAUGGAAACGGAGGCUGCCAGCACAGCUGUGAGGACACAGACACAGGCCCCAUGUGUGGUUGCCACCAGAAGUACGCCCUCCAUUCAGACGGUCGCACGUGCAUCGAGACGUGUGCAGUCAAUAACGGAGGCUGCGACCGGACGUGCAAGGACACAGCCACCGGCGUGCGAUGCAGCUGCCCCGUUGGAUUCACACUGCAGCCGGACGGGAAGACAUGCAAAGACAUCAACGAGUGCCUGGUCAACAACGGAGGCUGCGACCACUUCUGCCGCAACACCGUGGGCAGCUUCGAGUGCGGCUGCCGGAAGGGCUACAAGCUACUCACCGACGAGCGCACCUGCCAGGACAUCGACGAGUGCUCCUUCGAGCGGACCUGUGACCACAUCUGCAUCAACUCCCCGGGCAGCUUCCAGUGCCUGUGUCACCGCGGCUACAUCCUCUACGGGACAACCCACUGCGGAGAUGUGGACGAGUGCAGCAUAAGCAACGGGAGCUGUGACCAGGGCUGCAUCAACACCAAGGGCAGCUACGAGUGCGUCUGUCCCCCGGGGAGGCGGCUCCACUGGAACCGGAAGGACUGCGUGGAGACAGGCAAGUGUCUUUCUCGUGCCAAGACCUCCCCCCGGGCCCAGCUGUCCUGCAGCAAGGUGGGCGGUGUGGAGAGCUGCUUCCUUUCCUGCCCAGCUCACACGCUCUUCGUGCCAGACUCAGAAAACAGCUAUGUCCUGAGCUGCGGAGUUCCAGGGCCGCAGGGCAAGGCGCUGCAGAAACGCAACGGCACCAGCUCUGGCCUCGGGCCCAGCUGCUCAGAUGCCCCCACCACCCCCAUCAAACAGAAGGCCCGCUUCAAGAUCCGAGAUGCCAAGUGCCACCUCCGGCCCCACAGCCAGGCACGAGCAAAGGAGACCACCAGGCAGCCGCUGCUGGACCACUGCCAUGUGACAUUCGUGACCCUCAAGUGUGACUCCUCCAAGAAGAGGCGCCGUGGCCGCAAGUCCCCAUCCAAGGAGGUGUCCCACGUCACAGCAGAGUUUGAGAUCGAGACAAAGAUGGAAGAGGCCUCAGACACGUGCGAAGCGGACUGCUUGCGGAAGCGAGCAGAACAGAGCCUGCAGGCCGCCAUCAAGACCCUGCGCAAGUCCAUCGGCCGGCAGCAGUUCUAUGUCCAGGUCUCAGGCACUGAGUACGAGGUAGCCCAGAGGCCAGCCAAGGCCCUAGAGGGGCCGGGGGCAUGUGGAGCAGGCCAGGUGCUACAGGACAGCAAAUGCAUUGCCUGUGGGCCUGGCACCCACUUCAGCGGUGAGCUCGGCCAGUGUGUGCCAUGUAUGCCAGGAACAUACCAGGACACGGAAGGCCAGCUCAGUUGCACACCGUGCCCCAGCAGCGACGGGCUUGGUCUGGCUGGUGCCCACAACGUGUCAGAAUGUGGAGGCCAGUGUUCUCCAGGCUUCUUCUCAGCUGACGGCUUCAAGCCCUGCCAGUCCUGCCCUGUGGGCACGUACCAGCCUGAGCCCGGGCGCACCAGCUGUUUCCCCUGCGGAGGGGGUUUGCUCACCAAACACGAAGGCACCACCUCCUUCCAGGACUGCGAGGCGAAAGUGCACUGCUCCCCCGGCCACCACUACAACACCACCACCCACCGCUGCAUCCGCUGCCCCGUCGGCACCUACCAGCCUGAGUUUGGCCAGAACCACUGCAUCACCUGUCCGGGCAACACCAGCACAGACUUCGAUGGCUCCACCAACGUCACACACUGCAAAAACCAGCACUGCGGCGGCGAGCUUGGUGACUACACUGGCUACAUCGAGUCCCCCAACUACCCUGGCGACUACCCAGCCAACGCUGAAUGCGUCUGGCACAUCGCACCUCCCCCAAAGCGCAGGAUCCUCAUCGUGGUCCCUGAGAUCUUCCUGCCCAUCGAGGAUGAAUGCGGCGAUGUUCUGGUCAUGAGGAAGAGCGCCUCACCCACGUCCAUCACCACCUAUGAGACCUGCCAGACCUACGAGAGGCCCAUCGCCUUCACCUCCCGCUCCCGGAAGCUCUGGAUCCAGUUCAAAUCCAAUGAAGGCAACAGCGGCAAAGGCUUCCAAGUGCCCUAUGUCACCUACGAUGAGGACUACCAGCAACUCAUAGAGGACAUCGUGCGCGAUGGGCGCCUGUACGCCUCGGAGAACCACCAGGAAAUUUUGAAAGACAAGAAGCUGAUCAAGGCCCUCUUCGACGUGCUGGCUCACCCCCAGAACUACUUCAAGUACACAGCCCAGGAAUCCAAGGAGAUGUUCCCACGGUCCUUCAUCAAACUGCUGCGCUCCAAAGUGUCUCGGUUCCUGCGGCCCUACAAAUAACCUGG